CGCCGGUGUUUACCAUCAUGCUUCCUUGACUAGUUUUACUUUCAGCUUCUUUUACUUUCCUCUUCACAAACAGCUGGACGCAGCUGGCUGCGCGCACCCCCACUCAGGCGCGCGCUCGCUCCCCGGUCACAGCAGUUUCGCCCAGAGGCGGGAAGGAGCCGCAGUCGGAGCGGCUGGACCGAACAGGGCGCACUUUGUUUUCUUCUUCCCCAACUUCCCCUCCAUCUGUCACAAUUCCCCCCCAGCGCGGCUCCACGGGGUUUCUGUCGUCCUUCGGUCCCCGAACGGCGCGGAGGAAGUGGUCCGUGGUCUUCCUCGUGACCGCAGUCGCGAUGCUCCUGCUGGCUCUGACCGUGGCCGUGCCGCUGCUGCUGCUGCGCUCCUCCGAGAGCACCGCGCACUACUACGAGAUGAUGGGCACCUGUCGGAUGGUGUGCGACCCCUACAGCACCAAACCGGGGGGCGCCACCGCCAUGGAGGUGAUCCAAAACGGCGCGCAGCCCCCGAUGGCGCAGGGGACCCGCGGGGAGCCGGGCAGACCCGGCAAACCCGGACCCCGCGGUCCACCUGGGGAACCCGGACCCCCAGGUCCGAGGGGGCCACCGGGAGAGCGCGGGGGGAGUAAGAUGUCCUUCCCGGCUCUGAGCGGAGCCUCGGGGGCUGAAGCCGGGGACGCGGAGGGGAUGAACUCCACGGGGAGCGCGUUCAGGAUCGCCUUUUACGUGGGUCUGAAGAACCCGCACGAGGGCUACGAGGUGCUGAAGUUUGACGACGUGAUCACAAACUUGGGGAACCACUACGACCAAAGCACCGGAAAGUUCACGUGCCACGUGUCAGGGAUCUAUUUCUUCACCUAUCACGUACUGAUGCGCGGAGGAGACGGCACCAGCAUGUGGGCGGACCUGUGCAAGAACGGACAGGUUCGUGCCAGUGCCAUCGCUCAGGAUGCAGACCAGAACUACGACUAUGCCAGCAACAGUGCAGUCCUGCACUUGGACUCUGGAGAUGAAGUGUAUGUGAAGCUGGAUGGUGGCAAAGCCCACGGAGGGAACAACAACAAGUAUAGCACCUUCUCUGGCUUUAUCUUGUACCCUGACUGAACCUCCUGCAGGACGCGCUGGACUGUAUCCACUCCAAAAUCAAUGUUUUACUUCUUAGCAGGUUUAUUUGCAAAAAUGUAUGUGUCAAGAUUAAAAAAAUAGAUGUGUUUAUCUGAUGUUUAAUUUAUCUUAAGUUCUGCUGGAAGUUGGUGUCAUCUGUGUGAGAGUGGUGUCUUAGUGUGAGAAAAAGUUUCAAAAAGUUAACAGGAUCCUUUAAUAAGUUACUGAAAGUACUUCUUAAAGUUUUAGUUUAAAAAAUAUUGACUGUAGGUAUUUUAUGGUUUGAUGGCCCAGCAUGAGAUUAGAAAGAAAACAAAACAGUAUUUUAGUGUAACUUCAAUUUCAAAGACAUACAAGAUAAAUUAAAUUUCGACACUUCACUAUCAACCUAUAAA